UUUGGGCACCUCUAACUUUCUGGAGCCACUCGGGAUCCGUACGCAAUUUCUUUUGGCCAAUGAUAUUCGACUUUACAGGUGUGGAAGCGCGCCGUUUCCAAGACAACGGCUUGCAAAACACUAAAACAUGGUGUGGAGUUUCCCACUGUUUUGAACACGUUUAUUUCUCAAAACUGAUCGCAAACUACCAGAAAAUUUACCAGCAGAGAUGUCGUCCAUGAGCCAGCGGCGCAACAUCUCUCACAGCCACCAUCAGAAGAUGAUUCUGGAGUCCCGCAGACAGGAGGAACUGCGUGAAGAUCAGACCAAACUCCUCGCCAACGAGCGGCAGCUGCAAGCUAACCUCCAGUGCGAGGAGAGAGUGGAGAGAAAGCGCUUCAUGCGCAAACUGCAAGACGAAGAGUAUGGAAAACAAAUGGAGGAAGCACUCGUUAGGGCGGAAAAGGAAAAGCUGUUCAAAGAGAGGCAGCUUGAACAAGAGGAAAGGAUGGCCAAGGAGUUGGCGAGAAUCAAUAACGAGAAACUCAGAGAUGAAAAGAUGAGGCAGUACAUUAAAGAGAACAGUGUGGAGCUUCGAGAGUUAGAGUUACAGCUCAAGUCUGCCUACUUGAACAGAGAACGGGCAGCACAGAUAGCAGAAAAGGAUGCCAUGCGGUAUGAGAAGAUGAGACAAGAAGCUGCUAUUGCCCGUAAGAUGAAGGAUGAGCACAAGUAUGCAGAGGUGGAGAAAGAGAAGCAGGAGCAGAAGAGGCAUGAGGAGGUGGUGCGUUACCAGCAAGAACUUGAGCAGCAGCUUGAAGAGAAGGAGCGCAAGAGGCAGGAAGCGUAUGAGGAGUUUCUUAAAGAGAAACUCAUGGUGGAUGAAAUCGUGCGGAAGAUCUAUGCGGAGGAUCAGAUGGAGCGUCAGUUACGGCUUGAGAAGGUAACGGCCACACAGAGGUACAUUGAAGAUUUUAAAAAGCAUCAAGCAGAGUGGAGACGUAUGGAGCGAGAGAAGAUGGAGGCAGAAAACAAGCGCAUCCUGGAGUUUGCACGCUACCAGCAAAGAAAGGAGGAGGACAGAAUGGCCAAAGUUAGAGAGCGAGAGCAGGCGAAAGAAACACUGCACAAAAUGCUCUCUGAGCAGAUUGAGAUAGAGAGAAGACAGAAUGAGGAGAUGGAGCGCGUUCGCGUGGAACUCUGCUUGGAAGAACAGGCUGAGGUUGCAAGACAACAAGAAAUCGAAGACAUGCAGAAGAGGAUCCGACAGCGGCUAGAAUUGCAGCAGACGUGUCAGGAGAUGAUGGCCUUCAAGCAGUUGCGCAAACAAGCUGAGAAAGAGGAAGAUGAGGCAUUUAGACAGAUGAUGAUGGCCAAGUUUGCAGAAGAUGACCGCAUUGAGCAGAUGAAUGCCCAGAAGCGUCGUAUGAAACAGUUGGAACACAAAAGGGCUGUGGAGAAACUCCUGGAAGACAGGAGGCAGCAGUACCUGGCUGAACAAGAGAGGGAGGCAGAAGAGAGAGCGAUGGAGCAGGAGAGAGAGGCUCAGCGUCGGCAGAUCAUUGAGGAGGAGAGACAGAGGCUUCUAAAACAGCAUGCUACGAAACUGCUGGGAUACCUUCCAAAGGGUAUUUUCAAAGAGGAUGAUCUGGAGCACUUUGAUGAGGAUUUCAAAAACAAUUUCAAACAACAACAGGCUGACAUUUUCUCAGAUGAGGGCUGGGGAGAGGAUUAGCAGUAAUAUAUGUGGCAUAUUUUCUUAAUUGUAAUCUUCCUGAGGUUUUGUUCUGUCUUCAAUGUCAGUUUCUAAAUACUUAACAGAUUAUAUAAACUGUUGGGUGUGUCUACCAAUUUUACAAACUAUUGGAAAUGAUAAGCAAAUGCAAGUCAUUUAUCAGAACAAAUUUAAAAUAUAAACUUAGCUUGAUUAUAUUGUAUUUCAAACUUAUUAAAACAGAAAUAUCAAACAAUUUAUUCUUGUGAGUUUUAGUAAAUUAUAAAAGAAAAUGCAUUAAAAUAGAUACUGUUAGAGUAUGUCACAAAUUUCACCUGGCAAAAUUGAGUUUCAUGUUGAUACAAACCAUGUUAUCCAGUGGUAAACAAUCUAUGUAGCCUUUAAAUUUAAGUAAACUUAAAAAGGCCAUCAUAUUUAUCUUUGUUAUUUACUGUGACAACUCCAGAUGAUGUUUCUCUGUCUUUCUGUCAUUACACUCUCUGUCUUCUUUGUUUUAGCUAGUGCUACGGGCGAGUGCUGUUUGUGACUUCCAGAGUCUUUCAGCAUUUAUGCACAUUCAAAUGAAGGAAGGAAUAUAAAUAGUUUCUAUCUUAUAGGUAAUAUUUCCUAACACAGUGCAUUGUUUUACUUUAAAGCUUAUGAUGCCCAUUAAAAGGGAUGGUUCAUCAAAAUGUUUUAAUUAUCUCAUCAUUUACCUCAUGCCAUCCCAGAUGUUUAUGACUUUCUUCUGCUGAACACAAAAAAAAAUUGGAAGAGUAUUUCAGCUGUGUAGGUCCAUAUAAUAAAGUGAAUGGUGACCAGACCUUUGAAGCUCCAAAUAUCACAUAAAGGCAGCAUAAAAGGAAUCCAUAAGACUCCAGUGUUUUAAAUCUAUAUCUUCAAAAUCAAUAUAAGAGGUGUGGGUGAGAACCAGAUCAAUA